UCAGCUUGUUGCCGAAGAGGGAAUAAUCGAAAGCUGUCCCUCCGACGAGUCAUGAACAUUUCGGAUUUCGAGACGCAGGUUGAUAUGUGCCGUGCGGCCUACACUCUGCAUCGUGAGCAGCUCAGGCUCCAUCUUCAACAUCAACACCACCACACCAGCACAGUCGUUCUCUAUAGGAGAGAAAAGAGACACGAUACCUAUGCGGCUAUCCAUUCGCAAGACGACCAACGAACCUGCCGCGCUGUGAAGAGGAGUUCUGCCGUUCUGAUGAUAUGUGUCAGCUAUCAUUCCAUAAAGGACACUGGGCCUGAUCUGUACCUUGUCAGUGGCAUUUAGCAAAUCAGGGGCCACCUCUAGCAUCGUCUCCAAAAUACUUGCAUUGCCAGAUGCUGCCAGCUAGCAACGCGAGUCCUUACAGAAGCCGCACAUUCAGUACACUCUAUCUGCUACCUACCUGCUGCAAAGUGCAAGGGGGUGUGACCAUCCUGUCAGACAGACAAUGAUGCCAACGUCAGGAUUUGGAACUUUCAAUCCUCACCUGGUCCUGAGCUUUCAGCAGGUCCUUGCCGCCGCACUCGACGAACUUCUUGACAAGAUCAUCCCCACCACCUCUUUUUGCAACGUAAUGGAGUGCCGUCUUGCCAUCCUAGAGAAACAGCAUAAAGUCAGCGGUACUAACAUCGGUAGGCCAAUGGGAAUAAUGAACGUACUGUCCAGCAUGUCCUCGACCUUGUCUAAUCCUCACCUUGUCCUGAGCUAUUAGCAGAUCCUUUCCGCCCAACUCGACGAACUUCUUAACAAGAUGAUCUAGACCACCCCGCUCCACAACUCUGUAAAGUGGUGUUCUGCCAUACUGCAGACACAGCACGAAUGCAGCAGUGAUGACUUGAUCAGCCAGAACGACGAGGAUGACCCUCGACCACGAUACCUCAUCUUUUAGGUUGAGCAGGUGACGCCGUCCGUGUAGCAGCACCUCAAACACAUUCCCCUCCUUACACGAGCCUGAGAAGCACACACAGGGGCCGCGUAGGUGCAUCAUGUAUGUGUCGUCUUGCAACGAUGCAUACACGCAGCCAGGUGGAUGGCAGAUCCAUAAUCCCAGUCGCCAGUCGUCAGUACUCUCUCCGCUUGACCAGACGGCAGACUGGCAAGAUCCUUCCGCAACUGCUCCAGCUUUGCUUUGUCUGCGAAGCCCAGGACUGCUAUCUUGGUCCUGGGCCUGAGUGAUUUGGUCGCCUCGUCUUCCUCAACGGCAGGGGCACCCACCAGCGGGACCUGUGGAAGAGACACAAGUGACAGCACUCAUGAGUUGCUCGACAAGGUGGAUGGACCUCUUCGAGCCGCCUCGGGGCAGGAGGGACGUCAUCCUCGACAUCAGCCAGCUGCGACUCCACGCGCUCCUCCUCCUUGUCCAGCAGAAGGGGAAUCUUGUCACUCGAGGCCGACGCCGCCCGCCGGGACGUCAGAGCCAUCUGCAAUGGAAAGGGCGUGAGAGCACGGUAAGAGGAGGAUGUAGGGGUGCAAGUGCAAUACAAGCCGACCUUCGCUCUCCCUUUCUGUCCGUGAGGGAUGGCCUCCUUCUCUUCAUCCUCCACUCUCGGCAGCUGGACGUAGCAGGGGUCAUCAGCAGAUGGGCGGCUCUCGGCGUCUCUUGAGAUGCUGCCCUCCCGACUCUGCACACGUGGGCUGCGUUGCGUCCUCCAGAAAUCCAACAUUCUUUCGCAACGCUACCGCG